GGAAAGACACCAGCGCCUCCUCCUCCGCAACCCCUGGCUGCGGGCCUCACCCUGCCCUGCCUCUUGGUUUUCAGCAUGGCAGUGGACUGGCUUGGCUUUGGCUAUGCCGCCCUGGUGACAUCAGGAGGGAUCAUUGGCUAUGCAAAAGCAGGUAGUGUUCCAUCACUAGCUGCUGGCCUUUUCUUUGGGAGUUUGGCUGGACUGGGUGCUUAUCAAGUCUCACAGAAUCCAAAUAACAUUUGGGUUUCUCUGAUUACGUCUGGAGCACUGACUGCUGUCAUGGGAACAAGAUUUUACCACUCCAGAAAAUUCAUGCCUGCAGGGCUAAUUGCUGGUGUCAGUUUGCUAAUGGUUGGAAGAUUAGCACUGAAGAUGUUGGAAAAGCCCCAGGAAAAGUAACUGUUAAUUUUACAUCUUAGUAUUUGGAGAAGGAAACCUGAUCAUGAAGUUGCAUGAAUGCAGAAGUGAGAAGAUGGAAAAAUUUUCCACAUCAAGACAUUUUUUAAUCUUUUUUUGUAAGGGGGAGUAGAAUGAUGGUACAGAUAGUUUAUAUACAAGGUAGAGCAGUUUGUGUAUAGAGAAGAAUGGGUCCUGGGUUUGAUUUUUCUGGACAUAUUUCAGUGUAUUUUAACACUUCCAUGUUUUUAUAUUCCAAAAUAUACUUCUGACAUGUAUGAAGCAGAGAGAAAAUAUCCUGUAAUUAAGAAAAUAGCCACAAAGAGGCAUCAGGAGUAACUGGCUAAAUACAAUCGUGUGUCUCAAACCUUUUACACUGAGUAUUAUGGUGUGCUUUACCUGUUGCAUUCUGAAUUGAUAUACCAUGUCUUUAUAAUGUCCAACAGAUCUUGCCUUUUUAUUGUGAAAUGAUGCUAAAAUGAUGCUUUUCUAUGAGUAAAAUUUGUUACAAACCUUUA